AUGUCGUCUCCCACAGCAAAAGUAUCAGCCAACUCUUUCAGGCCCUCUGGGUGCUACGCUGGUUAUCAGCCACCAACUGGACAUCAAACCAUUGAUUACAAGCUUGGAAGCCCAACGGUCCAGCUGAUUUUCAAUCCAUCUAACAGCCAUCUCAUCCAGUCCAUACUCCCUGAACUUCCCAAAGAGAAAGAGACUUGUGGUUAUCCAGAAGCUAACAAAGCUGGCAGGACUGUGGACGGGCACGAGGGUCCGCGGGCAGGAAAGGCCCAGGCUAAGGUCCGAGCCUACCUUUCUAAACGUAAUUACUUGACGUUGGGGCUGUGGCCGCAGCCCCGCAGAAGCGCCUGCGUUGUCUCUCUCGCAGACCAGUUCUGUAACGCCAUCGGCGUGUUGCAGCAGUGUGGCCCCCCUGCCUCUUUCAGCAACAUUCAGACAGCAAUAAACAAAGAUCAGCCUGCUAAUCCAACAGAAGAAUACGCCCAACUGUUUGCAGCACUGAUUGCACGAACUGCAAAGGAUAUCGAUGUUCUAAUAGAUUCCUUGCCUAGCGAGGAAUCGACAGCUGCUUUGCAGGCUGCUAGUCUGUAUCGAUUAGAAGAAGAAAACCAUGAAGCAGCUGCCCGUCUGGAAGAGGUAGUUUAUCGUGGGGAUAUGCUACUGGAAAAGAUACAGAGUGCUCUCGCAGAUAUUGCUCAGUCCCAGCUGAAGACAAGAAGUGGUACGCAUAGCCAGCCUGUUCCAGACUCAUAGCACCAGGGGGCAGCGCUCAGCUGCAAAACUGAACUGCAGAAAGUCUUGUUGAAAACACAGCUCUGUAUCUCCUAGGGACUGUAGCACUGAGCCUUACUUUUGUGGGAUUCUGAAGUGCUUUGAUCACUAGUAACAACGUCUUUUAUCAAAGCUCAAACUACAGGUUUUGUAUGAGAGUCACUUCUAUUGUAGAACUGGUGUUUCAGUUCUAGAAUUACACAUCUUAAUGUACUGACUUAAUUGCUUACAUUUCUUUUUUGUUCAACAAUAUGUCUAAAUUUAAUCUGGUUUGUCAUCUUCAUAAUACAGGUCCUAGUCCCUAAAGGGAAUUCAUAGGGAAAGUGUUUUUAAGAGUAUUGUGUAAUUCACCCACUUCUGCUUUCAAACUUUGUUCUUCGUUGUUGUUUUUGUUUUUUUUUUGUAAGGCUUAAGCACAGAAACACUGUUUAGAUAGACUGCCUGAGUUAAUGGAGAAAAUGCUAGACAAUCUGAGGUGAGCACAGUGCUGGCCAUCUAUUUUAAUUAACAGAAAUGAUAAUUAAACAGUUUGUAUUUCUUCUUGGCCAUCUUAUCCCUUACAGAGUAAGUAAAGGGAUAAGUAAACUCCAGAGCUUGCAGGGUAAGUGUUCUUGCUAGUGGCAUCUCACUGAAAAAGUUAAACGUGCAGGUACCUGAUCUUGAUAUUUCUUAUUGUUUAUAAUUCACAAGUGGUUCUUUGACUCCGUUAUUGCUGCUGACACACUUACUGUCACAUGCUCAUGCUAUUUCUCUGCUCCUGCUGAUGGUCUGCAUUCUCAUGGCAACUGGUGAGUGCCUCUAAAGCACACAGUACUGAAGAAGCUUUGGAGGAGUCUGAAAAGACCCAAAAAGUAUCUGGAAGAGCAACUAGCAAUGAGAAAACUAAAAAUAAUUUCUUAUAUAAUACUGCUUUUCAAUGUAAGCAGUUGCUUAUAGUAUCUCUUUCCAGUGUAAGCAGUUGCUGCUUAUAAUCACAGCAUUCAUGUAAGCAAGAGGCGUAGUCUCCAUCGUGAGAGGUUUUUUGUUUUUUUCACACACUGAAUACAUUUGUGUCCCUCAUACUAGGACUUCAGAAGUACCAGCCUCUUUUUUCUUCUGCAUGAAAAAUAAACCAGAUAUUUUGGGCUUUGGUACAUGAGCUUGGAGUUGAAUCUUUUACUGCUAAUCAUCUUCUAUAUUUUUGAGUUAGCUGUCUUGCAUUGUUGUAGGAUGGUGUUUAUUUCCACAUAAUGUAUCUGCUCAUUUCCUGAUCAAAACUACCUAUUUCUAUACAUUGGACAUACUGUCAUUAGAAUAAAAGUUACAUAUGUUUUGCUACGGCAUAUAGGCAGGUAAGAGCAAUUCAAAUAUGUCUUAAGCAACGUGAUCCUUAGGGAUUUGGAUCUGGCCACUUCCUACACUAUGCCAAUAAAAGGAAGAGUAUAACAUCGCACAGGAUAUAUCUUGUAGACAGUCUGUUUUAAGGAUUAAAAAAUACAAAGCUGUUCCUGCAUGUAACAAAUGCUAACAUCUAAGUAUUUAAUUAAACAAUAUCUGAUUAAAUAUUUAAUGUUAUUUAAUCACAAUUAUAUCUCUGUAGUCAUGAAGUUAGUCUGCUAUCGUGAGGUUCUCAUACUAUCCAGAUUCCACAGAAGGAAAAGCAGCUGGGGCAGUGAGCAGGCUACACCUCAGCCCUGGUUCUGUAAAUGGGAUCUUUAUUUAAAAAAAAAAAAAAAAAGCUGUGGAGAUUUACUAAGCCAUGUAAAUAUCCCCAUGUUCUGGUGAGGCUUGAAGACCCAAAUUUUCAUUUAAAGUAAGUCUUGGGGUCUUUUAUUUUCAGGAGGAAAAAAAAAUGCAUCCAGUGCAUCACUGAUUGAUAUGUCCAGAACUAGUGGACACAAAAAACUUUGAAAACUUUGGGUUUUGUUUGUGGGUUUUUAUUGGAAAUUGAAACCUUUUAAUUUGAGGCUUGUACGUUGCUGGAAAAGGCACUAGCUUGUCACAGUAGAUUCCCAGGUAAAGCUUAAUGCCUGCAUAACAUCAAAUGCAUUUUGUUAACUUGGAAACUUUCACUAUGGGCGAUGGCGUACAUCAUCAGUAACAUUACACUUCUUUCAGUUUCUUAUCUUUUGUCUUUCAGUACUUGGAAACUGAUGUAUUACUGCUGCCUGGUAUUGCUUUGCUGUAAAAAUUUUCUUAUACUUGCUGUUUACUUUAUUUGAAUAUACCAGCCCAUUUUUAUAUAAAAGUGUGUACUGGCAUAAAACAGUUGAUCACAUGCAGAAGUAAACCUUAACAGAGGUGUAAGCUCACUAGUAUGUACAUGUGGUUUCUCAGUACCUUGCCUCUGUGCAGCUUCGCAAAUUUUGCCAAUUUAAUAGAGAUGCAGUUUGUGAUAUAGUGAAAGCAAGUAAUGCAAUAAAGAAAAGAAAGCCAAAAACCUUUCUUUUUUCCCCUUGGGAAAAAAUACAAUGAUUUGGUUAGCAAGUAGUAUUAUCAGAUCUGUGUGACCCCCCUCCCUCCCCAACUAGUUCCUGUACAUGGCGUUGCUGGACUAGCUACUGUAAAUCCUUGCCUUCUCUUUUAGUUUGCAGCUCAGUGUAUAAGGUCGUAUAUCUUUUGCUGGGUGUCAGUGUGAAGAAGGGGGAAAACAAUUAGCUACAGUUGCCUAAUGUAUUACAUAUGCAUUACAUUAUGCCUAUAGCCUUAGACUGGAACUUGGAGAUACAGAUUCUUUUUUUCCCCUCUAUCACAUAUGUGCUGAUUUGUUCAGCCCCUUAUCUGUUUCAAAACAGAUGGCAGUGAUAGUAAUGGUAGUGAUCUCCGUAGGGGGUACAUUUGGUUGAUUCAUGCAUGACUUGUAGGUCUUGCAGUAUUAUGUCUGUAUCUUUUUAGUAACCUGACUUUCAGUUUUGUUUUGUUUUGUUUUUUUUAAAAAAAAAAGUUGUGUGUGUGGCAGGGAGAGGGUUGAAUUGGGGAGGAAGUACAAAUAAAAUAAGCCAAAGGCUUUUGGAAGAAGGCAUUGUAUCUUCCCUGAAAUGUCAUGGCUGACUCUGAGCUGUUUUAAUACUCACUGUACAACAAACAAAGAAAACAACAAAACAAAAAAGACCCCCAAACCCCUAUGUAACAGCUACUAACAAAAGUAUCAGAUUACAUGCGAGAGAGCUGUAAAAAACAAAAAACUUCUGUUGAGACAAGAGAGUAAGUGGAGGUAAAGUAUCAUGGGAAGGAAACAAAAAUGCUGAAAAAGAUAUAAUAUGCAAAGCCAUUUUAUGUUGGACAAGAAGUACUGCCCAGUGAACAAAUUCUGCUUUGAAGAAAGAUAGCACAGAGCAUAAUGGAAAAUUCCAUUGAAAAACAAUCUCAACCACUUUGAAUGAGCAAGAGCAUUUCAUGCUGAGAAUCCAUACAGCCCACUGGCAAAGCUGUUGGAAUCAAUUUAGUAAAUAUAAGUGGCUGAUCAAAGUCUAGUAUUCUUUACUAUCAACAACCAUGCUCAGAGGAAAGGAACACCUCACAGCAGCUGUUCUCAUUUUCGGAAACUAGAAUAUGGAGAAAUGUGUACGCUUGUUUUUAAAGAUACUGGGAAAAGUGCAUUAACGAUA